AUGAACACUAUUACUUUUUUAAUUUUAUUAAAAAUAGCUAUGAAUUAUAGCUGAAUAUAUCAUCCAAAAUAUACAAAAACGGGCUCAUCACGGCCAUCUACUCCUGUUCAUCAGCAAAGUUUCAUAACUGCAGGAAGAAUGAAAUCAAUGCAGGUAAAAUUCACUAGAAAUUUCAUUAUUCAUCCUCGUCACUCAAACAAAUCAUUACCAGUAUCACGAAAUAUAUCUCCAGACGCUACUCCUAAAAAGUCACCUAAAAUCGUUUUAGAGAGUCCUAAAACUGAUUCAGUCCCACGCUCGGCAUCAGCUGGAAUUUUCAAACCUUCACGAAAAGUAUAUGUUGAACUGGCUGCUGCAAAAAAUUUUUUUGAUUUACAAGGCAAAAGUAUUCAAAAAGACUUAAGCUCUCUAAUGAGCAUUGCAAGCACAAAAAAUUAUGACGAUAGAACAGCAACUCUUUUAAAAGAAUACAAAAAGCAAGUAAGUAAAGUUGUAAAAAAAGCAAAAUCCGACAAAGAAGAAUUGCAUGAUUGCAAAUUUUCAAAUCCAUAUACACACCCGAAAGCCAGAAUAUUUUUUAGAGAAAUUAAGAGAGGAAAUAUGAAAGAAAUUAUUCAGCUGUUGCUUGAGCAUCCUGAGCUAGUAAGAGCAGUUGAUUCUGUAAUUUUUAUAUAGACACAGCAAACUGCGUUACAUUGAGCAGUUAGGAGGAAUAAUCUUGAGCUUGUGCAGCUUUUAGUGAUUUCGUCUAAAGCAUUUAUUUAUGCUAAAGAUAUAACUGAAAGAACACCGGUGGAAAUUGCAGAGCAUUUGAAUUUGAAAGAAAUUCAAACUUUUUUGAGGAAUUAUGCGCAGCAAAAAAGAACAAAAGGGUUUAGUGUGAUUGCUGAUAGAGAGAGAGAGAAAUCUUUAUUACUUAAAGGCCUUUAUUUCAGGGCCAUGUCCCGAUUAAAAAUUUUUUAACUUUCUUCUUUUCCUAAAAUCUUUGGAUAAAAAUUUUAGUAAAAUUUUCUGAACCCACGUAAUCCGCGAUUUUUUCGAUUUCUGAGUCUGAUAUGAAUUUUCUAUAUCUGAUGAAAUUUGAAUCUGAUCUAAAUUUUAUUUUCCUGAUAAUGUUUGAUUCUGAUAUCAAAUUUUAUUUUUCUGAUAAAAUUUGAAUCUGAUCUAAUUUUUAUUUUUCUGGUGUUCAGGAUUUUCUUAUCGAUUGUCUUCUUAUCAUCAAUGAUCACCUCAGUCUUCCUAUAUUUGAAGGUUUCCUGAAUAGGAUCUAUUUCAUCUAGUAUUUUUCCAUCUAAACGACUUAAAAACUCCAAUAUUUUGUCAUCUGUAUCAACAUUUUCUGUAUCACUAUCAUUUCAUUCAUACUCUGAUUCAGAAUUAUCAAGUAAUCCUGUAUCAAUAAGUUCAUUUAAUAGUAAAAGUUCGAAAAAUUCAUCCUGUAAAGCUCCGUUUUCUUCACAAAAGGAAGAAGAAUAGGAAACAUUACUUUCCGAAUCUUCCAUUAAAAUAAAAGUGCUGAUAGAGAAGAAAUAAAAGUUGAUGAAAAAAAUAAUGAAAUUAGCAGAUUGAUUUCUUCAAUUGAAACCACAAAAACGAGAAGCAGGAUUUUAUUUAGAAAUGGCGACAGCAGAGAAAGGUCACCAAUUAAAGCUUCGAUUCCAAUUGGUGAAAAUAUUGAAAUUAAUUCUAUGCUGUAG